ACACGUUUCUCCAAUCCGCGUUAGCUUUCUGCCGCUUGCCGCCAAUAGACCGUGGGGUUUGACAAAGGAGGGCGGAGCCGUUGGUUGUGGCGAGGCUGAGGUUGGCCGGGUGGAAGAGCUGCGCGGUUCGUUGUGUGAGGAGCGGUGUGUGUGGGCGAGAAGGGAACAUACGGAUAACAAUAAUAUAUAGAGCAAAGGGAACAGGAAGCCGGUGCCCGCUGGCGCUGAGGGACUGUCUGUAUGAGCGGGGGCUUCCUCUGCCGCCAUCUUGGUUCGGGGUCGUUGUUGCGUAUUUCCCCCUCCUCCUUCUGUCCAGUUAGGCCUGACCGGCCCGGGGAGCCGCCACAUCUCCAGAUAAGAAGCAGAUCUAAAUCCUAUAGCAGCAGUGGCAAAACAUGUCCUCGAUUUUGCCAUUCACCCCACCAGUUGUGAAGCGCCUGUUAGGAUGGAAGAAGUCAGCAAGCGGCACCACUGGAGCAGGUGGAGGUGAGCAGAACGGUCAGGAAGAGAAGUGGUGCGAGAAAGCCGUAAAGAGUUUGGUGAAAAAACUGAAGAAAACGGGACAAUUAGACGAGCUUGAGAAAGCGAUAACGACACAGAACUGCAACACAAAAUGCGUGACAAUACCAAGCACUUGCUCUGAAAUUUGGGGACUGAGUACACCAAAUACCAUAGAUCAGUGGGAUACCACAGGCCUUUACAGCUUCUCUGAACAAACCAGGUCUCUUGAUGGUCGACUCCAGGUGUCUCACCGUAAAGGAUUGCCCCACGUUAUCUACAGCCGGCUGUGGCGCUGGCCAGACCUGCACAGUCAUCACGAACUGAAAGCAGUCGAAAAUUGUGAAUAUGCUUUUAACCUUAAAAAAGAUGAAGUAUGUGUCAAUCCUUACCAUUAUCAGAGGGUAGAGACACCAGUUUUACCGCCGGUAUUAGUUCCACGGCACACAGAAAUCUUGACAGAGCUGCCACCUCUUGAUGACUACACGCAUUCCAUUCCAGAAAACACUAAUUUUCCUGCAGGAAUUGAACCUCAGAGCAAUUAUAUUCCAGAAACACCACCUCCUGGAUAUAUUAGUGAAGAUGGAGAAACUAGCGAUCAGCAACUUAACCAAAGCAUGGACACAGGGUCGCCAGCUGAGCUGUCUCCGAGUACGCUUUCUCCAGUCAACCACAAUCUCGAUUUGCAACCUGUCACCUAUUCGGAACCUGCUUUUUGGUGCUCUAUAGCAUACUAUGAACUGAAUCAGCGAGUGGGAGAAACUUUCCAUGCAUCGCAACCGUCUCUUACCGUGGACGGCUUUACAGACCCCUCAAACUCUGAAAGGUUCUGUUUAGGUUUACUCUCAAAUGUGAACCGGAAUGCCACGGUGGAAAUGACCAGGCGUCAUAUAGGAAGAGGAGUCCGGCUAUAUUACAUCGGUGGAGAGGUGUUUGCAGAGUGCCUAAGUGAUAGUGCUAUUUUUGUCCAGAGUCCAAACUGUAACCAGCGGUAUGGUUGGCAUCCAGCAACUGUAUGUAAGAUACCUCCAGGAUGCAAUCUGAAGAUUUUUAAUAACCAAGAGUUUGCUGCUCUCCUCGCUCAGUCGGUGAAUCAAGGCUUUGAAGCAGUUUAUCAGUUAACGCGAAUGUGCACCAUAAGGAUGAGCUUUGUAAAAGGCUGGGGUGCUGAAUACAGGCGACAGACCGUUACAAGCACUCCAUGCUGGAUUGAGCUUCACCUGAAUGGACCUUUGCAGUGGUUGGACAAAGUGUUGACACAGAUGGGAUCCCCUUCAGUCCGCUGCUCAAGCAUGUCCUAAUGGUCUCCUCUUUUAUGUAUUACCUGUGGGCGGCAACUGAAGUCCCAGCAACAGACUCGAUUCAGUUUGUCUGUCAUAGUAUUUGUGUGUGGUCCCCAUGAACUGUUUACAAUCCAAAAAAACAAAAAAAAGCGAAAACAGCACUUGAGGUCCUAUCAACGUAAAGCACCUUGUUGGAUUAUGUUUCUGAUACUCUUAAAGUAGAUGAAAUAUUCGUGUAUAAAUGACUCCUACCAGGAAACGGGACACUUUUAAAGGACAUUUAGCGGCGUAUUAUUGGGCAAAGCGUUUAGUGUCCCGACGGUUAAACACGUGUAGUCCUUAUGUACAUGUCCUGUAUAUUGUUCUCCAGUUACUCUAUUGUGCAGUUAUACAUUUUAGUUACAGCAAAUAGCGUGCCUGCUUCCUACUUUUACUUAGUCGUUUCAGAAUCAAAACCGUUUGAGUUUUGUCAUUAUUAUUAUUAUUAUUUUUGCCCUCUUAUAUUUGUAUUUUUUUUUGACUACUUGCUAUUUUUAUAAGUUCUAAUGAAUGAAACAUCUGUCCCGCUUCCUCUCUCCUUGCGAAUUUUCCAAAAACAUAUCGCCUGAAUUGGUGUUAAUCUGGUAAAACGGUGAUCAAGUAACCAUGGAGAUAUUUUUAUCACCCAGCCGUGGUUCUGAUAUUGGAUUGAUCACAAUCUGUACCAGUUGGCAGCCAUGCACUGGAGCCUUCGUCGUUUUGGGCUCAGAAGUGUAACCAGCAGAGGAAGGGUUAUUUUUUUUUUUUAAGUGCAUGUUAUUGUGAAACCUUGGACACUACAUUUGGAAACCUAUACAAUAUUUAGAAUUCUAUUCUAUGGAUGUCUGAGGAUAGGGAAAGGGUACUCUGGCUUUAAUAUGUACAUCUUACUAACCAUUUUGUUCUCUUGCUAACUGUCAAUCUUCUCUAAUUGUGGCAGUUUUGCCUUCUCCUCUCGGCUAUAAAUUUUUACACUAGUCGUGUACUUUGUGAGUACAGCUAGUGACUACUCCUUGGCUUUCUGAACAAACAAUAAACCAAUAAAAAAAAACAAAUGUGGACAGUGUUGGGAUGUCUCCUCAUUCAGCAAAAUCACGGAGAAUGGUCAUCUCUUUUAUCGUACGCCAUAUCGUUUAGAACAUAGAGGUAAUCGCAGAGCCUACGAGUCGGAAAGCUAAACCAUUACAGAAGAAAACGUAAUUGGCAAAUUAACGUUUGUGAACUAGUUUUACCAGUAGAUUUGUGUAUUGGUAGAACUUGUGAACUAAAGACAUAAGCUUUGUGCGUGUUGCAUUUGCCGAAUAUGUGAAUACACUAAUAAAAGAUUUCCUUCUU